AUGAACGCAUCCAGAGUUUGCAUGGCGUGGAUUAAGCCCAUUUUAGGGAUACACCUGCAUGGGAUAUUGAACGCUUCGCGGGAUCCGCAGGAUGCCAACACCGAUGACUGGAUCCGCGAAUACAAGUCGAUCCAAGAUGACAUCGCGAAUUUGCGUUAUUUCGUGCAACGCGAUUACUCAAGCAUCACAGGCAAAGCAGCUUCUGCUGUAAUCGCUUCCGUCCGCCAAGCCGUGACCGCUGGCACAAUUCAGAAUGGUGAGAACGAGCUAGAAAUCCGCCUCAUCGCCGGAGACAUGAUGUGCCUUGAGAUGCUCCCGCUAUUUGAAAUCACGAACGUCAACGAUGCCCCGGGCGAAGAGGAUUCGGAUUUCGCCCCAUACGUCAUCUCAGAAGCCGAAGUGGAGUGUUUUGGCAGAGCCAGUUUGAACAGGCCACCCAACGGAAUUUUCUCCGCCAGUACGAUGAAUCCCUACUUCACGUUGGAAUGCGAGCAGAUCAUCUUCAAAAUUGCGACAGGUCACAAGGAUCUCAGGCUUUACCUAAUUCACAAACCGGGGGGCGAUGCGGAUCCGGAUGGUUGGAUAUUCACCUGGGAUGGCCACAAGUUUUACCUGCGCUGCAUGUGUCCAGCGUGUGAGCCCAGCCUUUCGCCUACUCAUGAUCAGCUGAAAAUGCCGUCGGGUGGCUUGUAUAUGCCGCCUGGUCACCUGAUUGAAGUGGACUGUCAGGGAUGGUGGAUUCUGUUCUUCCAAAAUCUCCGAUACUUGGCCCAGUAG